GGGCUCGGGAUUCUGACCAUCAUCUGAGAUCAUGUGAUGACAGUUACAAAAGACAACAAGAACAAUGUUUACUAGCGUUAUUGUCGGGUCGUUUAUUUUAUGCUUUUCCAUUCAGACAUGUUCUGGAGUUAAAUAUGAGCCAAACUGGAACUCUAUUGACUCGCGCCCUCUACCCGCAUGGUAUGAUGACGCCAAGAUAGGCAUGUUCAUCAACUGGGGAGUGUAUUCUGUCCCCAGUUAUCACGACGAAUGGUUCUGGUACUGGUGGAAGGGACCCAAACCAAAUCCUAGCGUCGUCAAGUUAAUGGAAAAAUUCUAUCCACCGACCUUCACCUACGCUGAUUUUGCAUCUGAGUUUAAGGCGGAAUUUUAUGAUCCAUUGAAGUGGGUUGACAUCAUUGAACAUUCUGGUGCAAAAUAUGUUGUGUUGAGUACUAAACACCAUGAGGGUUUUACUAUGUAUCCAUCCAAGUACUCGUUCAACUGGAACUCGGUGGAUGUAGGACCCAACAAAGACCUCAUUAAGUACAUAUUUGCCUAUUUGGCUGGUAGUGAUGUCCAUUUUGGGAUUUAUCACUCCUUGUUUGAGUGGUUCAAUCCUCUGUAUCUUCAGGACAAGGCCAACAAUUACACAACUCAGAAGUUUGUGAAGGAAAAGGGAAUGGCAGAGUUGUAUGAAAUCGUCGAAAUGUACCGUCCGGAUGUGGUGUGGUCAGAUGGAGACUGGGAAGCGACAAGUACAUAUUGGAAUGCCACACAAUUCCUGGCCUGGUUAUACAAUGAUAGCCCAGUGAAGGAUUCAGUUGUUGUAAAUGACCGCUGGGGAUACGACUCCACAUGUAAGCAUGGUGGAUUCCUGACCUGUACUGACCGCUUUAAUCCUGGCAAGUUGCAGAAACGGAAGUGGGAAAAUGCCAUGACCUUGGAUCGUGUUUCUUGGGGCUUCAGAAGAGACGCCUGUCUGGCAGACUUUUAUUCUAUGGAGGAAUUACUUGAACUUUUGAUCCACACCAUCAGCUAUGGUGGCAAUAUUUUAAUCAAUGUUGGUCCAACCCCAUAUGGAACUUUUUCACCAAUUUAUGAGGAACGCUUCCGUCAGUUGGGGUCGUGGUUGAAAAUCAAUGGUGAGGGUAUCUACUCCACAAAGCCUUGGACUCAUCAGAACGACACAAUCACUUCAAAAGUCUGGUACACAUCCCCAAAAGCUGACAAGAAAGCUGUUUAUGGUUUUUUUAUGAACUGGCCAAUAGACAAUGAGCUUACCUUAGGUUCUGUUAGUGGACCCAGUCUGGCUGGUGUGACCUUGGUUGGAAGUAACAAGACCUUGACCUGGGAAAGCAGUGGCUCUGGGAUUAAGAUUAACAUUCCUCCCCACAACAUACGAGAAAUGCCCUGUUUAUGGGCUUGGGCGCUGAAAUUUACUUUCCAUUAAGAAUUCAUAGUAGAUAUUUCUGUAGUUUUGUUAUAAUUUUCUUUAUGAUGGGAUUAACACAGCCCUAAAAGAGUGAUCUGAUAUGACAUGUGAAAAGAUAUUGUUUACUACUGAAGGUCACUUGUCUUACGUAGAGAUUGAGAAAGUUUUAAAAUUAUAAAAUCACUCAGGAUCAAGGAUUAUAGAUGUGACAAAUCCAUAUCUGGUUCGUUUAUUUGAUUUUUCUGACGUUCAGUGAAUAUUGCCACCAUUUUUAUUUUCUCUUAAUUUCAUUCUCACCUGUUAUGGGUGAAUUCAAAGAUAGGCAAAGAAUUCACUAUGUAAUCCAUAUAUAAGGUGGAAAAAACCACAAGAACUUAAUGUGCCAUAUUUUAUUUAAAUUGAAUAUGAUUACAGAAAAAAUUGAAUGUUUUUUAUCAAGCUAUUUGAAUUAUACACUUUAUGCAAAUACAGUGUACUCCGGAUAUUUUAAAAUUCAGGGGACCAACCUGAAUUGUGCUUAAACAAUAAAAUGCUUUCUUUGUUGUUCCAUUGGGUGAUGAAGGUAGCUAGCAUUGAAGAAAAAAUUCAUAACCUGCAUAAGCGGCUUAUGUAAUUAUACCCCCUGCAACAAGUUGGGGGGGGGGGGGUAUACUGGAAUCGGGUUGUCCGUCCGUCCGUCUGUAGACGCAAUGGUUUCCGGGCUCUAAAGCAUUAUCCUUUCCACCUACCGUCACCAUAUCAUAUAUAUGGACUACCCAUGGGAUGAAGAUGUUCCCUAUCAAUUUUGGGGUCCAAAGGUCAAGCGCACUGGACAUCGAAGUAGCAAUAUGGUUUCUGGGCUCUAAAGCGUUAUCCUUUCCACCUACAGUCACCAUAUCAUACAUAUGGACUACCCAUGGGAUGAAGAUGUUCCCUAUCGAUUUUGGGGUCAAAAGGUCAAAGGUCACGCACACUGGACAUCGAAGUAGCAAUAUGGAUUCCAUUUAAAUUCUUUAAUGGCUUUUUUCAUCGCAUGGAGAUGCUGUGUUCCUAGAUACCUUUUGGAUCAUAAUACUGAAGUUUUACCUAUUAUCAACACCCUUUGGGAGAUUGGGGUAAGCGGGGGAUAUUCUUAGUGAGCAUUGCUCACAGUACCUCUUGUUUUUUUCUGCAAUGGUUGCUAUUUUCACCCGAUGAAACAACUAAGAAAGACAUUUUAUUGUUUAUAUUUAUAUUUUUAUGUAUUGUUUAAAACUAUAAAAUAGAUUUAAGUACUAAAAAAUAUGGUUGACCCAUUCAUUAUGUUAAACGGAACAGCCAAUGUACCCUUUGACCUUGAUGACGCUCCAUGUUUUGUAAUGAUUACACAGACAGGUGGUACUAGAAAACCGGAUCGAACUAGUUUGCAACAAACAUGCAUUCAUUGUCAUAGAUGAAAGCAAUGUCAAUUUCAAUAUCGAUAUAAGAGCAAAGAUUCAGUGAAUGUAAAUAUAUUACAUGUAAUACAUUUCAACUUGACCGGGUUAAAGAGUAAUUAGCUAAUUUCCUCUUUAUUCUCUCGAGUCCGAUAACAAACGUGACAAUUCAAGCUUCAGACAGGGAACGGGAUAGGGAACACCAAUGUGAGUGAUGGAUGCAUGAAAGGGGAGUUAAAUUUCAUGUCUCUAUAAUUUCAUGACUAUAUAUUGUAAACAAAUCCUUUUCCUUUGUGAUGUUUUUAAUAAUACUUUUUCCAGAACACUGAUUUGUGUGUUACGUAGGCUUUUGUAAUGUCUUAUCUUUGUAAUACAUUAUUUUUUUUUUUAUCUAAAGUGGUCAUUAUUGUUGUUUAGUGGCCACAGGUUCAUUUUUAAUUCAUUUUUCAAUUUAAAAAAAACCUCUCUAUGGGAAUGGUUUCUACAUGAAUAUUCCUUGAUAUUUGCAUUCCAAAAUGUUUGAAAUACUUACUGUCAACCCCCCCCCCCCCCCACACACACACACACACACACUUGUAAUGAAGUGGGGGAUAUUUUGGAUUCGUCAUGUUUUGUCCGUCCGUCUUACUGCCUGUUGACACAAGGUCUCAUCAGGGUGUGUGUCUGCCAGUGGUAAAAAAUCUAAAUUUUUUGCUUGUAUGACUCAUCUUUGGAAGCUUCUUCUAGCUCAUGGUCCAGGAUCUUUAUCUGACCUACAUUUUAUGCUUCAGUGACUCUGGUUAAUGACAGUGUUUAUAUCUGUUCUCACUUUAUGAUAUGAUGAUUCCGUCAAACGUAAAUAUAGGUAGUGAUUGUUCCUUCGCCAAACGUUCAGCAUUUAGAAGUGAGAAUCACGGGUCUUUUGGAUAUGACCUUGAAAACGGAGGUCCCAUGUCACAGCAGGCGUUGACUCAUUAAAGGACAAUCACUGCUACGGCCCUGAGCACUAAGCAUAUGUCUAGAUUUGUUGGAUUUCACCUGCAGCUGGUGACUUUUCAAUGAGUGAAAUAUUGUUGACCGGAUGUAAAACAAACAAACAAUCCAUGUCUACAAUAUGUUUAGUUGUAACAUCAUAUUGCAAGAUUAACACAAAAGUCUAUUACCAUCAUAUUGCAAGAUUAACAAAAAAGUGUCAUUUGAUUGGAAAGUUUCCUGUAAUUCAGAAUGUAUCAAAAACAAGAAUUAGGAUAAUAAAAUUGUGGUACAGUGUUUAUUGUCAAUAUUUUUGUACCAUAGAUUGACAAGGCUGUGUCAUUUUGAAAGGAAUUUUGUUCAAAUAUGGAAGUACAGUUUUUCAUGUAUACCUCUAAUUUUGGAUGCGCCCUCAGCGGGUAUUGGUUACAUUAGGAUAGCUGGUAUUUUGUUGUGUUUCCAUAUUGCAUACAUUUCUAAGUUUUUAAAAAUGCACCUUGCAAUAUGAAUAAUGUUGUGAAAAUGCCACUUUAUUUUCAUGCUAGCUAUAAAUCCUUAUCAAUGUUAAAAAUUAUCAUGUAUGAUAUUGUGGAAAUCAUCAAAUUGAAUGGUAUUAUGUUGUAUUUAGUCCCAUCACAACAACCCUAUUUUGUUGAUAUAACUUUCAAAAGAAAUUUUAACUUUUGUCACAAAAUUGGACAAUUCAUGCGACGUGUAUAUCCAUGUGUGUGUGCACUCUUAUUAUGACUGUUACUUACGUUAUUGUUAUUGCAACAAAAAGUCUUGAAGUUGUGACAUGUCAAUAGUAAUGUUAAAUGACGUACUCUGGAAAUACUGUAACCAUAACUCUGUAAAAACAUUUUGAUAGCAAUAUUAAAUUAAAUUUUGCAAACAAAUUUUCUUGCAUAUAAAUUGAUUAUAUUGUGUAAUAUUACAUUAUAUAGAGUUAAAAACAUUCGUAAAAGCUUUGAUUAAGUGUAAAUGUGUGUAUAACUAUGCGAGGAAAAUUAUAUGUUUUAUUAUCUGAAGAAUAUUUAGUCACCUGAGUAAGCUCAGGUGACUUAUUGCAAUUGGUCUGUGUCCAUCGUCGUCUGCCGUGCAUUAAACAUUUUUAACUUCUUGAUACCUCUCUGAUUCUUUUCAAAUGUUAAUGUUAUUGACACUAAAUUAAAACUAAAUGGAUAUUUAGAAAGAGCAGGUAGUCCUUUACUAAAAUUGUAAAUUUGAUGAUCCCAGGGGUAGGGGUUUUGGUAUCAGGGUGGGGCCAAAAUGGUCAGUUAUUGAAUAUGUGAACAAUAGAAAUUUUUAUCUUCUUGAUAACUACCAUUCCAAUUCUUUUCAAAUUUGGUAUGAUAAGCAUCUUUUGGACAAAGGGAACAUAAAUUGUAAAUUUUAGGACUCCCUUACCCCAGGGUCCUUGAGGGCAGGGCAAAAAUUAACAAAUUUAAAAACAAAUCUUCUUCUCUACGACUGCAUAUAUUUAAGAAAAACUAAAUGUAUUGUGAUGUAGAGCAGGAAGGCCUCUGUCAAAAUUGUAAAUUUCAUGGUCUCCGGGGUAUACUAUAAGUCCUGCCUAAACUUGGUAUGUUACAGUGUAAGUGUGCAAAACAUAUAAAUUAUAUCUGCUUUAAAUAUAAUGCUAUUAAUACUAAAUUGAAACUAAUUAGAUAUUUAGAAGGAGUUUGUUAAGUCCUUUACCAAAAUUGUAAAUUUCAUGAUUAGUGAUCAUGGCAGGUGUGACCAGUCGACAGGGGAUGCUUACUCCUCAUAAGCACCUGAUCCCAACUUUGGUAUGUCCAGGAGUCUGUAUUUGCCAGACUCUUUUAUUUUGUAUUCUUUGUAGGAGUUAAGAGAUUGAUCACUGUUCGUUAUCUACGCCUUUCAUUAUUGUCUUUAUCAUAUGAAGGACUUAUUAUGGGCCUAGUGAUUAUUGUCAUUAUCAAUUGAUAGACUUCGAUCCUCAAGUUUGCUGAUACAGUAUUUAAGACUUAAAUGCCUAUUUAGGAAAGGCAGAAAAGAAUGUAACAAAAAAAUGGGGAAUUUCACAACCCUAGGGUUUUGACUUUAAGAUGGGUCCAAAUUAGUGGUUUCGUUUAAUGUUAAUAUAUUUAUUAUAUUAUGUAUAAAGCCUAAAUCAUCAGUAUAUGCACUUUUGAGGGCAAUUAAGUUUUAAAAAUCACAUCUUGCAAAUACGUUCUAUACAGAUUUAGCUUAGGUAUUCAGAACAGGAUUUUUUUUUUCUAGAUUUCAUAGCCUUUGGACUUGUGAUACUUUUAACUAGUACUCAGGUGACCGAUAAAGCCUGUGGGCCUCUUGUUUAAUGAUUCAAUUUGUAUGUACAUAUAUUUUGUUAAUAGAUAUCUAUUUAUCUUUAAAAAAUAAAUGUCCUUUAUUUAGAGGACUGCCAAUUAUA